ACCACCCUCAGUCAAACGCAACAAUGUCUGGGUGGACGGUCUUAGUGCUCCUUGCCUCGGUGGUUGUCGCCAUCCACUCUCAGGCCUUGGCGGGCAACAGCUAUGUCGAGAAGCAAUUGCUCUGCGCUUUGGAUAAGGCACCUUGCGACGUUUUGGGAAGACAAAUUAAAGACGCCCUGCCGGAAAUAAUAGGAAGAAACUGCCAGUCGUGCGACUCCAGACAAGUGGCAAAUGCCAAAAGGAUCGCACGCUUCGUCCAAACAAAGUAUCCGCAAGUUUGGAACGCGCUCGUCGAAAAAUAUUCGCCGAAACGUCCGUAAAAAAUGAAAAAAAUGAAUUGGCCCAUGAGGGGAUCGAACCCGCGACCUUCGCGUUAUUAGCACGACGCUCUAACCAACUGAGCUAAUGGGCCAGUGGUUAAAUUUAUUUAUACUAGUUAUUUAUGCUAAUGAUUAUAUGUUGAUCUCUGUGAUUUAGAUGGCAAUUUAUUGUUUCACUCAUUCAUAUUUAUUGUAUUUUAUUCACUUUAUGUAGUGUGCGAGUUGUCCGUUUAUAAUCUUCUCUGUGGGCAUCUAAGGCAUACCUCGUACAAGUUAUCUUGGUUGCCUAUGUGGUAAUGUAAAGAAAACAAAAACACGAGAAGAUUAGGAAGUAGAUUUAAUCAUUUUAAACAAACACUUUUCUGAUAAAUAAACUAUGUAUUGUAAUUUGUAUAAAAAUAAUAUAUUAAAA